GUUCCGCACAGAUGACUGCCUUGCCGACCGCGUCAGUAUAAAAGAUAAAGGAGAAGGAUACUGUCGUCGAAAUUGUUUGCUCUUGAUCCAUUGGGCUGUCGGCGAUGUCAGCUGUAUCUACACAAGUACUCCUGAGCGCCGUGCUGCUGCUGCUGGUGUGGCCCGACGUCAGUCAGGGAUGGGGAAGUAAUUCUCUCUCAAAGGGCCGUCUUUUGCAGCUGCAACGUUUACGGGCAUACAGAUCAUAUCAUACAUCAGACGGCGAUGGUGAAGAUGAUGAUGAUGACGACUACCCUUCAUACCCUUCAUACCCUUCAUACAGAAGAAACUCCUGGAGAAAUAACCUGGUGUCCAUAAGGAGGACAAUUGACAGACAUGACAUUGACUUUGACGACUACCUAGAAGACUAUCACAAGUACAGGCAGCAUGCGUUUUCACGAUUACGUCAAAUUCGGGAUGACUACUACAGAAACCGCAAGAAUGGCUCCGGUCGCAGCAAUGCUGAUGAGAACGGCAACCAAUCGUUGGGGCAGCGUCGGGCCGCAUGGGGAGGUAGACAAGCCAACAAUAGAGGAAUGAGUCGACUCAAUGCCAGGCUCCGAGAGUACUUACAAACCAAUGGUGCAUCGCCUGCAUACAACUAACAGUAGCUCAGUGUGUUCCCACAAGUGAUGAUUAUAAAAUAGGAUCAAUCAGUCACGCUAGCAGUCAUCAAACCAACACUUACGACAUAGCAGAAAACCUUAUGCACACAUGUAGUUAUCAACAGGUUUGAUUAAAUGUGAUACUCAACCGUUA